CUAUUAUUAUCAAUGUGACUCCGCGGGGGAGUCAAUGGUGAUGAUGAGCAGGAGGAGGAGGAUGAUGAUGAGACACCUCUAAACUUGGAACAAGUUUAAGACUUUAUGAGAGAAGAAGAAAAAAAAAACCACCAACAAGAUUUGUUUGAGGAAAAAUUAUAACUAUCUUGUACUGAUAUUUUUUUUUAUAAACAAUAAGAAAAAGUUGUUGGAUUUUUUUUUAAUGAUUUCUUUUUUGGGGGAGGGAAUUUUGUUGCAGUUUUAUGGUGGAAAAUGCAAAAACCAGAGCCAGGUGCAUAAUCUUGUGUUCUGUGGAUAUCCCUGGAGCAAAACUGAGUACCAGUUAAAAUACUUUUUUGGGGGAUACACAUGUGAGAUACUAAGUACUUGCAGAAGAUUUUUGUCUCUCUUUUUAAAGUCACUUUCCUUGGAAUAUUGUGAGCAUAUUUGUGGCCAUUUAAGGUUUGUGUGAUUUUGCUAAAAUGCAUCACCAACAGCGAAUGGCUGCCUUAGGGACGGACAAAGAGCUGAGUGAUUUACUGGAUUUCAGUGCGAUGUUUUCACCUCCUGUGAGCAGUGGCAAAAAUGGACCAACUUCUUUGGCGAGUGGACAUUUCACUGGCUCAAAUGUAGAAGACAGAAGUAGCUCAGGGUCCUGGGGGAAUGGAGGACAUCCUAGCCCGUCCAGGAACUAUGGAGAUGGGACUCCCUAUGACCACAUGACCAGCAGGGACCUUGGGUCACAUGACAAUCUCUCUCCACCUUUUGUCAAUUCCAGAAUACAAAGUAAAACAGAAAGGGGCUCUUACUCAUCUUAUGGGAGAGAAUCAAACUUACAGGGUUGCCACCAGCAGAGUCUCCUUGGAGGUGACAUGGAUAUGGGUAACCCAGGAACCCUUUCACCCACCAAACCUGGUUCCCAGUAUUAUCAGUAUUCUAGCAAUAACCCCCGAAGGAGGCCUCUCCACAGUAGUGCCAUGGAGGUACAGACAAAGAAAGUUCGAAAAGUUCCUCCAGGUUUGCCAUCUUCAGUUUAUGCUCCUUCAGCAAGCACUGCCGACUACAAUAGGGACUCGCCAGGCUACCCUUCCUCGAAACCAGCAGCCAGCACUUUCCCUAGCUCCUUCUUCAUGCAAGAUGGCCAUCACAGCAGUGACCCUUGGAGCUCCUCCAGUGGGAUGAAUCAGCCUGGCUACGGAGGAAUGUUGGGCAAUUCUUCUCAUAUUCCACAGUCUAGCAGCUACUGCAGCCUGCAUCCACACGAACGUUUGAGCUAUCCAUCACACUCCUCAGCAGACAUCAAUUCCAGUCUUCCUCCGAUGUCCACUUUCCACCGUAGUGGUACAAAUCAUUACAGCACCUCUUCCUGUACGCCUCCUGCCAACGGGACAGACAGUAUAAUGGCAAAUAGAGGAAGCGGGGCAGCAGGCAGCUCCCAGACUGGAGAUGCUCUGGGGAAAGCACUUGCUUCGAUCUAUUCUCCAGAUCACACUAACAACAGCUUUUCGUCAAACCCUUCAACUCCUGUUGGCUCUCCUCCUUCUCUCUCAGCAGGCACAGCUGUUUGGUCUAGAAACGGAGGACAGGCCUCAUCAUCUCCUAAUUAUGAAGGACCCUUACACUCUUUGCAAAGCCGAAUUGAAGAUCGUUUAGAAAGACUGGAUGAUGCUAUUCACGUUCUCCGGAAUCAUGCAGUGGGCCCAUCCACAGCUAUGCCUGGUGGUCACGGGGACAUGCAUGGAAUCAUUGGACCUUCUCAUAAUGGAGCAAUGGGUGGUCUGGGCUCAGGGUAUGGAACCGGUCUUCUUUCAGCCAACAGACAUUCACUCAUGGUCGGGGCCCAUCGUGAAGACGGCGUGGCCCUGAGAGGCAGCCAUUCUCUUGUGCCAAACCAGGUUCCGGUUCCACAGCUUCCUGUCCAGUCUGCAACUUCCCCUGAUUUGAACCCACCCCAGGACCCUUACAGAGGCAUGCCACCAGGAUUGCAGGGCCAGAGUGUCUCCUCCGGCAGCUCUGAGAUCAAAUCCGAUGACGAGGGCGAUGAGAACCUACAAGACACAAAAUCUUCUGAGGACAAGAAAUUAGAUGACGACAAGAAGGAUAUCAAAUCAAUUACUAGGUCAAGAUCUAGCAAUAAUGAUGACGAAGACCUGACACCAGAGCAGAAGGCAGAGCGUGAGAAGGAGCGGAGGAUGGCCAACAACGCCCGCGAGCGCCUGCGGGUCCGCGACAUCAACGAGGCUUUCAAGGAGCUCGGCCGCAUGGUGCAGCUCCACCUCAAGAGUGACAAGCCCCAGACCAAGCUUCUGAUCCUCCACCAGGCCGUGGCCGUCAUCCUCAGCCUGGAGCAGCAAGUCCGAGAAAGGAAUCUGAAUCCGAAAGCCGCGUGUCUGAAAAGAAGGGAGGAAGAAAAGGUGUCGUCGGAACCUCCCCCGCUCUCCUUGGCGGGCCCUCACCCCGGCAUGGGAGACGCAUCAAAUCACAUGGGACAGAUGUAAAAGGGUCCAAGUUGCCACAUUGCUUCAUUAAUACAAGAGACCACUUCCUUAACAGCUGUAUUAUCUUAAACCCACAUAAACACUUCUCCUUAACCCCUUUUUUUGUAAUAUAAGACAAGUCUGAGUAGUUAUGAAUCGCAGACGCAAGAGGUUUCAGCAUUCCCAAUUAUCAAAAAACCGAAAAACAAACAAAAAAAAAGAAAGAAAAAGUGCAACUUGAGGGGGAACUCUCUUUAACAUAUCAUUCAGAACGUGCAAAGCGGUAUGUGCAGGCUGAGACGCAGCCCAGAGACUGAAUGGCAAUCUUUCCACACUGUGGAACAAUGCAUUUGUGCCUAAACUUCUUUUGGAAAAAAAAAAAUAUAAUUAAUUUGUAAGUCUGAAAAAAAUAUUUAAUUUAAAAAAAAUUGUAAACUUGCAAUAAUGAAAAAGUGUACUUCUGAAGACAACUACAUGAACGUUUUUGUUGGUAUUCAAGUCAGCUAGUGUUUAUAAUUCCUGGAUAUUGAAAAAGGGAAGCCCGGCUGCCCUCGUAACAAAACCAGCAAACGUCCUGAUGACAACGAAGUGAUGACAUUAGCCAUUCCUUAGGGUAGGAGGAACAGAUGGAUCUUAUAGACCUAUGACAAAUAUAUAUAUAAAUAUAUAUAUAAAUAUAUAUUAAAAAUUUAGUGACUAUGGUAAGCUUUUGUUCAUUUGUUUCAGACUUUUUUCUCCUGUAAAAAAAUAGUACUGAUUAACUUUUUUAAAAGAAAGAUUUUACUGUAAAUACGGAUUUUUUUUUUUUUUUUUUUUUUUUUUUGGUCUUCUUUCUGUCCCUCUCCCUGGUUUGUUAUUGUAACCUGUAGUGCCAACUCUGCGUCCGGAGGGGUAGUGCAGGGUGAAAUGCUGACCCUGAUGUUGCUUUUCAUUCAUAAAUAAGUAGAAAGUUGUUUCUCCAGUCUUUUGGGAACACAGGACUUACAAGUCACAUCAUGUGUAGAUAUUACAAGCAACAUUACCAAGACAUGGCAAAAAGAGUUUGCCUGAAGUGUAAUGUUGCGUUUGUGACCCUUUUCUGGGAUUUUCAGAGGUACAAGGUUAGAAUGCUACAAUGUUACCACUGUGCCUUCCAAUGUUUAUAUCAUCGGAAACAUAACAUAAUCAAAGUGGCUGUGAUUUAACAAAAUGAUUAAAGUGUUACCUACAUGUGUAGCCGAAGUAGUGUGCAGUGAGGCGUUUCUGAAUACAUGGUCAGAUUUUUGGAAAAAAACAAAAACAAAAAAAAGUCAAGUUCAAAAACCAUCAAAUGAGAAAAUUGCAAGUAGUAUGACAGAGCUGAUUGAUUUUGUUGCUUUCUUGAUUUUUUUUUUUUCAAAAUGGGUUUACUAAGAUGUAGAUGACUUAACUGCCUCCUCCUUCGUCUGAAAAAUGCCAAUAUUCAAUCAUCAUGCAGCAUUAUAACAAGCCUUAUAAGUCCUAAAGCAUUAAGUUGCACUUUCUUGAGGAGGGGUAGUGCAGUAUUUCUCUGGCCAGUAUGAAUGAAGUUUAUACUUAACAUAUUUGAUAGAAACAUAGAUCAAGCUAUGGCACAGCAACUCAUCAGAUAGCUAGCUUUGAUGUCUGGGCACAAUUGAACCAACUUCCAUCGUGAAUCUUUAUAAUGAUUGACUUUGGUGUAUAGUGCAGUAAACAAAUAGUGCUCCUAGUUAAGUAUUUGUCAGCAUCCUUUGUCUCUAACUCGUUUCUAUUUUUACAGCCACACAAUCUUGGCAUGUAUUAAGAAAAAAAAAAAAUCCCUGUUCCAGUAGUUUUUCCACCUAUCAGCACUGAGUAAAUGCCAUAAAUCCAUCGAAAUGGUCUAAAUGUUCCAUCUGUUCUCCUGUUUUGCCAGUUAUAUAGUAAUGAAAUACAUUUGUAAAUUUUAUGCAACAAAUGGCAAACGUAUCAUUAUUUUGAAAUUGUGUAUGUAAAAGUUAUAUUUUUACAUGUAGACUCUUGUUAUUAUGUGUUUUAAUACAUUGUAUCAGUUUUUGUUUUUUUUAACUGUGUUGUUUAAAAAAGUCUCAUUUAAAUGAAAUAGUGAGCUACAAGAAUCUGAAUUUUAUGUUCAUUUCUGAAAAUGUAAGAACAAAUAAGAUAGUUACCACGUGGUCAUCUUUUACAAGCCCAUAAACAUUUUGAUUAGCUGUAUGUGUGUUGAAAACUGUAAAUAUGUUCAGUAGCGAUAAAACUAAAAUACUUUGAUUUGUUGAUAAGUUCCUAAAAUGUGGAGGUGGAUUAAAACCUUAGGAGAAUAGCAGAAAUCAGACUUCAUGAAAAGUUAUUUUGAGGCUUUCCUGUGAAAUGUACAAACAACGGGGUCAAAGAAGGGCACAGAAGACAAUAUUGUAUACUCUCCCCUCCUCCUGAAUGAUGGAAACCAUGUGUAUUGUUCCCUCAGUAUGUUAAAGAUUUCCUUUUAGUGGUACAUUCUGCACUCAUUUUGUAUAGUCUACCAAGGCGGGUAUCCCUAGGAACAAUAUUAUAUAGGAAGCAGGUAUACUCCGAUCACAUUCAGGAUAAGUGUACAGAAGAAAAUACGGUGUUUACUACUUAGGGAACUGGAAGGCCUCCCUGCAUUGAUGUACAUUUUAAGUAUGGCACUUUUGAUACAUGUUAUCAUAAAGGUGCUUCAUAGAGCUGAUUUAAAGUGUUUCAAAUCUGUAAACAAAGCAAAAAAUGAAAUUGUAGUUAUUUGAUUAUUUUUCCAAUUGGUGCUUUCUAUUUUGUUCUCACGCAAACAGAGUAAAAGCUGCGAUUUACCGUUCACCAGCUUUGAUGUGUUCAUGACUCAGUAAUGGAAUACCUCUGUUGUUGAAUUCCCUCCGGAAAUGAGCGAAAACCUUUCUACGGCCACCAAAAGCUGCUCACUACUUUUUGCUUGGUGGAGAAACAUGAUCUACACCUAUCCAUAUUAAUCAGGUUGUAUCCCCAUUAAAAAAAAAAAAAAAAAAGAUGAAAGGGAAUGUGGCCUUUCUAGUGUGUUUUUUCUUGUCGUUGUUUUGUAAUUGUCGAACCCGGGUAAGAUAUCUGGUAUCCUGCGCUGGAUUUUCAAAUGAAAUUUAGCAGAAGACAGUUACGAUUAAAGUCCUUACAAAAAUUUCAUAAGGGUCCGUACUACCCUGUAUAGGUGAUGAUGAUGAUACUUAGGCUGGGGAUCUGUUGAAGAGACUUGGACUUGAAAAGCAACUUGGAACCGUUGAUCCACCUCCACAUUCAAGUAAUUUAUGAAUAUGCAGAAUAGGGAUCUGUUCAUCUAGAAAUUUUUACCAUUUGUCUUCUGUGUAUCUGCGAGGAACACUAAUGUUUAUACAACUGUCAGUUCACCCAGUAACGCAACUGGUUCUGAUUCAGUCUUCCGAUUCCUUUUUAUUUCUCACUUUUUCCUAUUUCUUGAUUUUUUUUUUUUUUUUUUUAAUUUGUGAUCUUUAUUUUGAUGAGGGAUUGGGGGGUGGGGAGGGCGUUGAACCAAGACUUGGGGUUAAGAGGAUUUUCGUCUUGGAUCCAACAGGCAGAAUAUGAUCUGUGUCCAAAAGUGAACUUGAGUCAGGAAUGAAACAAUUUCAGCAUAAACAAGCACAAAAAUUUAGUCUGCUGGCUGACUGGAAACAAAAAAAAGCCAAGAUGGAAUAUGAUGAAUUCCAACACAAUGGGGCACCAAGGCCUUUAGGCCUCUUUUUAUUUUGCUUUGGUUUUGCUUGUUUUUCUUUAGAGACAUGCUCUUUCUCAUGGGACUUGAAGUGGACUCAUCUUUGUGCAGUGCUGGUUUUACCAUACUCAUUUCAAGUAUUAUAGACAUAUGUAAUGGUGAAAAUAUAUGAACUGUGGCCUUUUUCAUUCUUGUUACUUGUGAUGCAAUUAAGUGAAGAUAAGAAAAAAAAAAAAAAAGCAGAGAUUUACCAUGUAUCAGUGCCUGGCUUUUUGUUAUAAAGCUUUGUUUGUCUAGUGCUCUUUUUGCUAUAAAAUAGACUGUAGUACACCCUAGUAGGAAAAAAACUAAAUUUAAAAAUAAAAAAUAUAUUUGGCUUAUUUUUCGCAGGAGCAAUCCUUUUAUACCAUGAAUAUUACAAAAAAAAAAAAAGAAAAUUGUCAGAUUCUGAAUAUUUCUUCUUUGUAGAUUUUUGGAAUCAUUAUGAGUAAAAGUUUGUUACUUUAUUUUACUAUUUAAAAGAUGUUAUUUUACCAUGUGUUACUGAGAUGAAACUGUAUGGUAGCUUUUUUUGUUUGUUUUUUGUUUUUUGUUUUUUUUUAGUUGUAGGUCGCAGCGGGGAAAUUUUUUGCGACUGUACACAUAGCUGCAGCAUUAAAAACUAAAAAAAAAUUGUUAAAAAAAGAAAAAAAGGGAAAACAUUUAAAAAAAAAAGAUAAACAGUUACACCUUGUUUUCAAUGUGUGGCUGAGUGCCUCGAUUUUUCAUGUUUUUGGUGUAUUUCUGAUUUGUAGAAGUGUCCAAACAGGUUGUGUGCUGGAGUUACUUCAAGACAAAAACAAACCCAGCUUGGUCUAGGCCAUUACCUGUUUCCCAUCUGUAGUUAUUCGAUGAAGUCAUGUACAUGACCGUUCUGUAGCAAUAAAUGUGCCAUUUUUAUAAA